AUGUUGGUCAUCACUCAACUAAUAUAUCUCGUGGGCUACGCUCUUGCAGCGGAUCCUGUCGUCAAGGUGCUGAAUGGUUCUUACAGCGGACUGCAUCUGCCACAGUUCAAACAAGAUCUCUUCUUGGGAAUGCCGUUCGCACAAGAUACUGGUGAAGCGAAUCGGUUUCGUAUCCCGCAGAGCCUGAACGAAACAUGGCAUGGCAUUCGCCCAGCCAUUCAGUAUGGCGACGCAUGCCCGGACAACGAGCCCGACGCAGACGCAGCGUACGGCAUGAGCGAGAACUGUCUCAGCAUCAAUAUAGUACGUCCGUCAGAAUGCCAGGGCAAGCUGCCAGUUAUGUUCUGGAUUCACGGCGGAUCGUAUCAGGUUGGAACCAGCGGACUGUCGUACUACAACCUCACGUACAUUGUGCAACGCUCGGUGGAGAUUGGAAAACCAAUGAUAGCGGCGUCGAUCAAUUAUCGAAAGGGUGGCUGGGGGAACAUGUAUAGCAUUGAGAUCCAGGGAUCGGGCAACACGAAUCUUGCACUCAGGGACAUGCGAAUGGGCCUAGCUUGGGUGCAGGAGAAUAUAGCUGCGUUCGGUGGCGACGAAGAGUCAGUCACCAUUUGGGGCGAGUCUGCGGGAUCAUUUGCUGUCGGCCAACUUUUGAUGUCCUACGGCGGCAGGACCGACGGCCUCUUCCAUCGAUCGAUACAGGAGUCCGGAAGCGCGGCCACCGCUUGGUACAACGGAAGCGACUGGUACCAGCCGAUAUACCAGGGGAUCGUGGACGAUGCCGGAUGUACCGAUGCUAUCGAUACCUUAGAGUGCCUGCGUACGGUGCCUUACAAGGAGCUGUAUCCUCUGCUCAACCAAUCCAGACUUGUUGGAGCACCAGGUUGGUAUCCGACAGUGGACGGAGACGUGAUACCCAACUUCCCGACGACAAUGCUAGAGGAAGGCAGAUUCGCGCAUAUACCUCACUUGUACGGCAGCAACUCCGACGAAGGGACUGACAAUGCACCCUUCGGCAUCGAUACUGACGAAGAUCUUGAAACGUAUUUACUGAAGGACACAGGCUUCCAAUUCCCACCCAGCGCUGUGUCGAGGAUCUUGGAGCUUUACCCUGACGAACCAUCUGAAGGUGUACCAAUCAAUACGGGCGACCGACGUUUUGUGAAGGAGGGACGGCAGUACAAGAGGGUGGCAGCCAUUGUAGGCGACGUCUUCUACCAUGCAACUCGCCUCAACGAUGCUCGCUACUACUCGAAAUGCUCGCCGACUUACAUUUACCGCUUCAACACUCGGCCAUACGAAAACGAUACUAGCACGUAUCUUGCUCCUGCCUAUAAAGGCGUCGAGCAUUUCAGCGAGGUUGCUUUUGUUUUCAAUAACCCAGAGAGCGUCGGUCCAUGGCCAGAGUACAGGGCUCUUAGCAAUGAUAUGAGUGAUAUGUGA